AUGGGCGUGGAGGAGGAAUGUACGUUACAUCCCAUGACCGACGCAAUCAUAAACCUCACUGCUGGGGCAGCAGGCAAGUAAAAUCUUUAAUUACUUAAAUUGCCUACCAUCGCCUACUUUUCCAUAGAUUUAACUUGAUGACUCUUGAUUUACACAUGUACAACACAAGGUUGGUUUUGUUGUUCAAUAGAAACAUCUAGUGAAUGAUGCAGCUGGACAGGAUGGCUCUCAUUCAGCAAAUGUAAAUGUUUUAACCAUGAACAUAGAGUGGAAGAAAAGGUUGAGGUCCUUCAUGGUGACAUUGGAAAUCUCUCCUCUCACAUAGGGGGUGUUGCGUGUGUGCUGAGCGGUCAGCCCUUUGACACGGUCAAGGUGAAGAUGCAGACGUUCCCCAGUCUGUACCGUGGCUUCCUGGACUGUUCCCUGAAGACGUACCGCCACGAUGGGCUCCGGGGGCUCUACCAGGGAAGCGUGCCUGCUCUUCUGGCCAACGUGGCAGAGAACGCUGUGCUCUUCGCCUGCUACGGGACCUGCCAGCAGCUCACCAGGAGAGUCUUUGGGCUGGAGAAAGUGUCUCACCUCAGGUUGGCAACAGAAGAUCUUUGUCUAACCAUUCUCAUCUCAUCCCUCUCCCCUUCACCAUGUGUCUGGCUGAGUGCUUACGAAUGCAAAGCGGUCUUUUCAUCUUGCUGCUGUUUCUCUUUUCUCUCAUAUAUAACAUCUUUGUCACAGUGACCUGCAGAAUGCCCUGUCUGGGUCCCUGGCGUCUGUCUUCUCCUCGCUGGUUUUGUGUCCCACAGAGCUGGUCAAGUGUCGCAUGCAGGCCGUGCAUGAGAUGAGGAUGGUGGGGAAGACCUCCCUGGCGUCACACAUGUAAGCAUCGCAACUGUUCUCCAGUGGUCUUAUAUGGACAGUACAACGGGAUCAUGUUGUCAUUGUGGUUCAACACUAUUGACAAAUAGUACACGUGGGUGGGAGGUCAUCUCUUAUUGCGUAUCUUGCUCAAACCCUGUGCAAAAACAUGUGUAGUUUGUAUAUGAAAUAUAUCUUAGGAAAACCAUAAUACCGUACAUACUCGAAAGCACAUUAUGCACAAUGUAUAAUGCACAAGUAAGACGUUGUGCAAUGUAAUAAUAGAUGAUGUGUUUGGCUGUAUUCUGGUGCACUUUCCCCUGUCUCUCCUUCUCCCAGUUCCACCUGGUCAGUGGUGAGGGACAUAUUGAAGACGGAUGGUCCUCAAGGCCUCUUCCAGGGCAUGACUAGCACCUGGCUCAGAGAGGUGCCUGGAUACUUCCUCUUCUUUGGGGGCUAUGAGAUCUGCAGAACCCUCUUUACAAAGCCUGGCCAGUCCAAGGAUGAGUUGGGUGAGUCCAUUCCUUAUGACUCCACUGAAGGGAUUCAUCUUCUCAUUUAGCUAUUCAGCAAACUCCAUAUUAGAUAGAUGUCUAUGGUAUAGCUUUACACAACUGAUUUUAUUGUCUGUUUUUGUCUUUGAUAGAUGCUGUCCCGCUGUUAAUCAGUGGAGGAGUUGGGGGGGCUGCCUUUUGGUUGGCAGUGUACCCCAUUGAUUCAGUCAAAUCCAGAAUCCAGGUUCUAUCUAUGUCAGGCAAGCAGGCUGGGUUUAUCAGAACACUGCUCUGUAUCAUAAGGACAGAAGGUGAGAACAUACUCUUCCACAUUCUUUUUCAUAAUCUGAUUCUAUACCCCAGGUCUUCUAAACUGCAGGGAUUCUGUCAAUCUCAAAUGUGUUCAUCAGUAAACUUCUGAUUGAGUUAUUGCCAUAUAAUUUGCUUAUUUACUCAUGUUGGCAGCUUUCUUUUCCAGAUAACAGAAAUUAAUUAACUCACUAGCUACAGAAGAUUAGGAUUGUCCCUCAUAGUGGAGGCUGCUGAGGGGAGGACGGCUCAUAAUAAUGGCUGGAGCGAAUGGAAUGGCAUCAAACACAUGGAAACCACGUGUUUGAUGUAUUUGAUACCAUUCCACUUAUUCCACUCCAGCCGUUACCAUGAGGCCGUCCUCCCCAAUUAAGGUGCCACCAACCUCCUGUGGUGCCUCAGCUUUGUAGUUUGAGCCCCUUUAGAGUUCACAUGUAUGGGCUUGAUGAUGUAUUGCCUCUGUUCCAGGUGUUCCUGCUCUGUAUUGUGGUCUAACCCCUACCGUCCUGCGGGCCUUCCCCUCCAACGGAGCUCUAUUCCUGGCUUAUGAGUGGACCAGAAGAACCCUCCUCAACCACACAUCUACAGCCUGA